CAAAUUCUAUAUUUCUGAUAAGAAACUGAUUAAUUAUUAAUUUAGAGAAAUCAUGGAGACAGCAAAACUUAUGAAGCUGGGUAAUGGCAUGUCAAUACCAAGUGUUCAAGAAUUGGCUAAACUCACGCUUGCAGAAAUUCCAUCUCGAUACAUAUGCACCGUAGAAAACCUUCAGUUACCUGUGGGUGCAUCUGUAAUAGAUGAUCAUGAAACAGUUCCUGUCAUUGAUAUAGAAAAUUUAAUAUCUUCAGAACCGGUAACCGAAAAGUUAGAAUUGGAUAGGCUUCAUUCUGCUUGCAAAGAAUGGGGUUUCUUUCAGGUGGUGAACCAUGGAGUCGAUACUUCAUUGGUGGAUAAUGUAAAAUCAGAUAUCCAAGGUUUCUUUAAUCUUUCAAUGAAUGAGAAAAUUAAAUAUGGACAGAAAGAUGGAGAUGUUGAAGGAUUUGGACAAGCCUUUGUUGCAUCAGAGGACCAAACACUUGAUUGGGCAGACAUUUUUAUGAUCCUCACUCUUCCUCUCCAUUUAAGGAAGCCUCAUUUAUUUUCAAAACUCCCUCUGCCUCUCAGGGAGACAAUCGAAUCCUACUCAUCAGAAAUGAAAAAAUUAUCCAUGGUUCUCUUUGAGAAGAUGGAAAAAGCUCUACAAGUACAAGCAGUUGAGAUUAAGGAAAUAUCAGAGGUGUUUAAAGAUAUGACUCAAGUAAUGAGGAUGAACUAUUAUCCACCUUGUCCUCAACCAGAGCUCGCCAUCGGUCUUACGCCGCACUCAGAUUUUGGCGGUUUAACAAUCCUCCUUCAACUCAACGAAGUGGAAGGAUUACAGAUAAAAAACGAAGGGAGAUGGAUUUCAGUCAAACCUCUACCUAAUGCGUUCGUAGUGAAUGUUGGAGAUGUUUUGGAGAUAAUGACUAAUGGAAUGUACCGUAGCGUCGAUCAUCGGGCAGUAGUAAACUCAACAAAGGAGAGGCUCUCAAUCGCAACAUUUCAUGACCCUAAUCUAGAGUCGGAAAUAGGCCCAAUAUCGAGCUUGAUCACUCCAAAUACACCUGCUUUGUUCAGAAGUGGAUCUACGUAUGGGGAACUUGUGGAGGAAUUUCAUUCAAGGAAGCUCGAUGGAAAAUCAUUUCUUGAUUCGAUGAGGAUGUGAGAAACUGAAGAACACACAAUAAUAUUACGUGAUUGUAUGCUUGUGUCAACUGUCCUUUCCCCGUCUUUCAGUGGUCUGAGUCCUUAUUUGUUUUCAUCAUUGCUUUUUGACUCUAAUAAAACUUUUCUCAAGAACUCUCAUGUAAUGUACCUUACUGCCAGAAAAUGAAACGUAUUUUCUAUGACA